AUGGCGGUCGAGUCAGCUGGAGUUUUCUUAUUUGUCAAAGUUUUUCUCAAUUUUACGGUCUUUUGGAUCGCUUUAAGCGUAGCACAAGAAAUACCUCUACCAGAAACAUUUAUAAAUCCUACUUUUCAAGUUGCUCAUUAUUUAUGGGAAGGAAAGGUGACCCAAAUCGUCAAAGAACUAGAUCGAGUCAAGAAGCCAUCAUACAUCCUUGCAACACCUGAACAUUCUCUUUUCAUUUCAAGCUUCCUGGAUGACCAGGUGUUGUAUGUAUCAGACACCAGACAGAAAGACAGUCAUGCAAUAACAUUUGCUCAAGGCCAUGGACUUGAUGGACCAUGGGGAAUGGUGUCCGAUGGCAUCUUCCUAUAUGUUGCAAGUUUUACAACAGACAGAAUUCAUAAAUAUGAGUUAUCAUCUGGGAAGUUCAUCAGUGCAUUUGGUAGUGACAGUGACCCAUUAGACUGCCCUGAAGGGAUGGUCGUGGGACCCAACAGAACUCUUUUUGUUGCUAGCUUCCUUAAUGAUAAUAUUCUGAAGUACUCUCUUGAUGGACACUUCCUUGGUGUGGUUGCAGAUAAAAGUAAUGGUAUAAAAGGUCCUGAAGAUGUUGUUCUUCUUCCCGAUGGAACACUCCUUGUAUGCAGUCAUUAUACUGAUAAUGUACUGAAGUUUAACAGUACAACUAAUAAAUUUCUUGGUGAAUUCGCCAAGGUAGAGAGACCAGUUGGACUGACAGUUGGCUCUGACAGAAACGUUUACGUGACAAGCUAUGUUACAAAUAGCAUUCUGAGGUACGAUGGGAAAAUGGGGAAAUUCAUAGAUGUAUAUGCAUCAGGUGGAGGAUUGUCUGGGCCGUCAAGUGUAAGUUUUGCAGAUUACCGUACAUUAUACGCUGCCAGCUAUGACAGUGAUCGUGUCGUGCUGUACAACAGUACAUCAGGCAUGACUUUUACCCUUCCUGGACGAGUUAAAGAGUAUGAUGGAGAAGGAACGUUUAUCAAGAAAGCACAGGAAAUAUGAAUAUAGUAUAUAGAAAAAUAAAUUAUCAUUUAUUAUGGA